AUGGCUGCGAUUCUUCAAUGUAUCCAGCCGCUUUAUGAUGCCUGCUUCUGUCCGGGUAUCCCAUUUAAGUAUCGAUGGCGCCUACUCACUCUUGUUCCAAUCAACAUACUCGCUUAUUCUCUAAAAUGUCUGCCGUGGAUCUUCUCACGUUCCUAUACUGUGGUCCGAAUCCCCCUGCGUCGAAGUCCGAACCACUCCGGGCGUGCUCUCGUUUUCACACCCGAAUUCACCUCUAAUUCUUUACGGCCCCUCCAUAUCCAUGUCCACGGGGGUGGAUUCAUCGGCGGCAUUCCGGAGAUGGACAAUGCCUUUUGUUCACGGAUGGUUCAGGAGACCGGUGCCGUUGUCAUAUCCGUGUCAUACAGACUGGCACCCCGAUAUCCGUUUCCAGCUGCCCACGAGAACGUCCAAGACGCGGCAGCUUAUGUUGUGGAGAACGCAGAACGACUCUGGGGAGCCAACCCGAAGCUGUUAACGCUGAGUGGAUGUUCCUCUGGCGCAAACCUGGCUUUGGGCAUUUCCCAAAGUCUUUCAGAUACUGAGCAUCCAGUUCAAGGAGCGCUGAUGUUUGAUAAUCCUGUUGACCUCCGCAUCCCUCCAUGGGAGAAGCCAAAACCGCCGGGAUUCCCGCCAUACGACCCCCUGUCCUUCCUGCUCCCUCUUUUCGAUGUAUACGCUGACUCGGCACAGUCUCGCAGACUUGAAGAUCCCCUGUUAAACCCCAUUUUAGCGGACAUACGCACUCUGCCGCGGAAAAUGCUCUUCAUCGUUGCUGGCGCGGAUAUUCUUCUUCACGAAGUGACGAAUUUUGUAGAGCGUCUGCAGAGAGAAGCUGAAUUACUGAACUCCAAGGAGAUUGACAUGGCUGAUUCCACGGGAAGGUAUGAGAUUCAAAGCAUGGUGUUUGAAGGACAGGUCCAUGGCUGGUUAGAUCUUAUGUCUUUUAUGAUUGAUGAAAACAUGAGAAUCCAGGCGCUCAAUGCUGCCUACGAUUUUAUUCGUCGCAUUCAUGCGGGGAGUGGAUGGCAAAAAGCAAGCUGA